AAUGAACUAAUUCCUUAGAAGUGUAGCUAAACUCCGGUUACCGAAAGGGAGUUUCCAAGUUUAUUUUUAGUCCAUUGUCGAAAGCGAGGCUCCCCGGGGGUGACGUGGCUUGACGUCAUAGAAUCCAUUUUGGCAAUUCGGAGUUGUGAUCUGAUGGGCCAAGAUGAUGGAAGAAGUGUUUAGUGAUCAGCAGGCAGAGAUUCUGGAGAAGCUGGAAUCUUCUGGACCCUCUGCACAAAUUGCUCACCAGCUUCAAGAAGCAGCUCAGACAGAUGUGAUUUCCUCUGCUGGUGGCAACGGUAACGGUAGUUCAGCCUCACCUGUGUUGUCUUCUCUUAGUUCGUCCCUCUCCAGUAGUUUUACAGAUGGAUCGACAAUUUUCCCGACUACAACUGAUGUCUCUUCUUCCCCCGUGACAACACUAGGAACUCCAAGCAUGACUAUGGCUACCUCUUUGUAACAGAACCCAGUAAAAUUGAUACGCCAAUGUCCAGUUUAACUAUAUCUCAACCCCCAUCUUCCAUCCGAGACAAAAGCUUCCCAUCAGAUCAUGUAGAAACACCAAUAAUACCAAGGGCUGAAACAUCUACUGUCCCACAACAAGAUAUGACACAAAGUCACAGCAGUUUGUUUGGUUGGUUUUCUGGUAGCAAUUUUGUUUCCCGUGUUGUUGAGAAAACUAAGAGUUCAGUUGAAAGUGUGAUUACAACUUUGGACCCUCAAAUGAAAGAAUAUAUAAAGAGUGGUGGUGACAUUGAUAUUAUUGUGGCUUCCACAAAAGAAGUGAAAAUUGGACCUAUUCGAGAAGCAAUGCAACAAGCUUUUGGUCGGGCAACUGUUACUGGAAGAGAUAGUGAGAGUAACACCGCUGCUCAGCCUCUUGGCUACGCUGCUGCACUUCGAGGAGCUCAGGAAAGAAUAUCUCGCUUACGUCAACAAGAUGAUAUUAAAGAGAAGCAAGCAAUUGUUGCCAUUGAAGGCUUCAUUGUAGAACUUCAAGUCGAUGGGUGGUUUGAGAUGAGUUGUUUACACCUCCAGGAUCCAGCCCAUAAUAUCACCGUUACUACUUAUUCUCAACCAACACCAAUUCCAACACCUUAUGUAUUGACCGCUCAGGACCGGACUCCCACAGAUUAUCCCUUGCGCUGGUCAGGCCUUGCUGUGACAAUUGGGCAAGUAGUAGAAGAAGCCCAACCACAUAUUGGGCGUUCUAAUUGGCAGUUAGCUUUAGCUGGUGUCAGUCGCUACCAGAGUUUAAGUUUAGCUGCUCAGGUAUUGGCUUACCUCUAUAAACAACAGUUUCCAACAUCAUAUAUUUCUUGAAGUAUAUUAUUUUUUGGGUCUUUUUUUUUUUCUUAGAAUGUACUAAAAGAAUCUAAACAUUACAAUCCUCUCCCUCUAUUUUUAUUUCGAAAAUGCAAUAAUUUGUAUUUAAAUAAAAUGAGAUUUUCUAACUGGUGAUCAAAUAUUUCAAACUUGAGGUGACAAAUAACUAACAAUAUCUAAAAUUGAGUUUGUUUUGUAGGUUUUUUUCCACUCAUAUUUAUAAGUUUUUUAUUUCUACAUCUUAGAUUUAUUUUAUAUAUGUAUCCAUAUCACAGAAUUAUCUAAAUUUUCAUAUAUUUCCUAAUUUAUUAAGCUGUUAGUCUAAGCUGUGCUGACACCUGAACCAUUUCUUUUAUCUUGUACUUUCUUUACAGAAAUUUUUGAUUUAAUUUUUCUAUAUCCAAGACAAAAAGACAUUUGUUCUUAAUCUUACUGGAUUGCAUUUAUAAAGUUCCAAUUCUUUAAUAUUUGCUUUCCUUUUGUAUUUAAUUCUUAUUUAAGCAGGUAGGUAUUCACCUCUAUAUCUAAAUGUGAUGUACAGUAGUUGUGGUAUGACCUACAAUGAUAAUACAACGGAAGAAAAAGUAACCUGAAAAUAACUAAGGAAGCAUAUUUUCAGGAAUUCAUUUCAACUGUGAUUCUUCUGUUAGUUUAUUUGUUACAACACUUCAAUGUUUUGGAAUAAUAAAUAUUUUAUACUAUUA